GUCACAGUUUGCCGCCGGAUACAGUUAAAAAUUCGUUGUUCGCGGCGGUUCAAACAGGGCGUUUGUGUACAAAGAUUUAUACGCAUAUUACUCCUAAUUUAGCAAACAUACGACAUUACCAAACGUUUAUUAGCCAUGACAGAAUUACUUUUUAAUUCGUUGUUGCAAGUUCGCGUGAAGUGCAAAGACUGUGAUGACAGGAAGACAGAUAUUCGAGUCACCGUUGAGCAGCAAUUGACAUUGAAUCCAGUCCACAAGCGGGAGCUUCUGGUAAGACUAACAGAUGACAAAGAUCCCUGUUUUCUGUACAACCUUGCCAUAUCAGAAGAGGAUUUCCAAAGUUUGAAAGUUCAACAAGGUCUACUUGUAGACUUUGUGUCCUUUCCUCAGAAGUUCAUAGAUCUACUUAAUCUGUGCAUCGCGGAACAAGACAAAGAUAGCCCAAGGUUUUUGCUUGAGUUGUCAUGCCUAUCCCCAGUGUCAAACGGCAGUGCAGCAAACUUCAACGUUGUGGAGACCAAUGUAUUCAAACACUUAAUGCAUCUCUCUCUCAAGCUUCUUCAUGGUACCGAUUCAGAAAUUAAAAAAUUCCUGGCUGUUUCCCUUUCCUCUUUGAAGGAAGAGAAGCAGUUGUUGGAACAGAGGUUUAAGAAGGCCGAAGAUGACCUCUCUAGACAGCUUAGCUACACACAACAGACCCUGUCUGAGAAGAGUACAGAGUUGGACAAACUGCGAUCCGAAUGGGCGUGUCAGACCACCUCACUCUCCAGUCGCCACACUCAAGACCUCACUGCAGAGAGGGAGAAGGCUCUGGAGACACAAACCAAGCUUUUGCAGCAGAGCGAACAGCUGCGCAAGGACCUGGAGAGCACUCAUACGAGGAACACACAGCAGCUACAAAACCAGCUGGCCGAGGCAGAAGCCUCCAACAGGGACCUAACCGAAAAGAGAUACAAGAACGAAUCGACCAUCCGAGACCUGAAAUCCAAACUUGUGGGACUGGAAGAUGAGUCACAUCGAGCAAAGCAGCAGGUUCUGUCUCUGAGGAGGGAGAAUAGCACACUGGACACAGAGUGCCACGAGAAGGAGCGUCUCAUCAACCAGCUACAGAUGCGCGUGGCUGUGCUGGAGCAGGAGGUCAAAGACAAAGAACAGCUGAUGUUCCGCACCAAAGAGGUCCUUGAAGCCACCCAGCUGCAGAGGAGCAGAGCAGAGGAAACCGGAGAAAGCAGGCAACUCCAGAUAGGGAAACUGGAGAGCACUGUCAAAACCCUGUCGGAAGAGCUUAUUAAAGCCAACAGCAUCAUCAAGAAGCUGCAGGGGGAUCUCAGAAGCCUAGUAGAGAAGAUCAAAUUGAAGAACGCGGUGACCGUGGCACAGGAGAAGGUGCUCCAGGAGACCACAGAAAAGCUGCACACGGUAGAGAGGGACCUGCUGGACACUCAGCAGCAGCUCAAACACAAAAUGGAGGAGGCACUAAAGCUGAAGGAGCAGUUGGAAACGACCAUUCAGAAACUAGAUCAGAGCAGGGAGGUGCUGAAAACCAACGAGAAUGUCAUCAAUUGGCUGAAUAAGCAGCUGAACGAGAACCAGCUGGCCAGAAAGCCUGACAGCCCUGCCGCGUUUCAGACCCCUCCAACUGUCUCGGCUGCUGCAGGGGGACCGAGGAUGGGCAGCGCUCCUCACGGCUUCGUCCAGUUUAACCCCGCGUGUCCCAAGCCUGUCCUGUCACCAGUGGGGAUCCAAGAUGGCCGCACCAGUGCACCACGUCCUAUGCAUCCGUCCAACAAGGAGAACGGGGAGCCAGUUGGAUUGGAGUCCAAGUACUUUGAGAGGCGAGAAGACAGCAUCCCUCUCCAUGGACUGUUGGCUAAUUACAAUCCUCGAGAGGUCCCUAGGCCUCCACUGAAGCACUCUCUGUCCUCAGCUUACUUCACUGGCUGAGACGUGAAGAGCAAAACUUUAGUUUACUCGACCACUCCUCUUAAAGUACAAAAGCGCUUUCCUUUGGGAGUUUGGACCUCCACUUUGUGUGUUUUUCAAUGUUUGUUGUCAUCGUUAUACAUUAUAUAUUAAAAUAUUGUGUUUUUAAAGGUA